CGCCCUUCGACAGGAGGUGAUGGGCCGAGCCUCCUCGCAGCUGUACCUCGCCACCGGCAGCCGUGCCUUCUUCAGGAGCGUCGCCGUCGUCGUCCCUGCUUCGUGGUCCACCUCCAGAUGCCCCGGCACCCUCAACUUCACCGCCGCCCCGCCCAUCUCCCCGGCCUUCAUCGUCUCCCAGCCCCACCCCGUGUACGCCCACGCCCCUUGGACUCUCCAGGUGGGCGGCUGCGGUCAACCAGGCAGGAAUAUUUUCUUCACGCCGCGCUACCUGGCUGAGACCAACUACACGGAGGCUUUGGGUGAUCCAGGUCGCGUGGUGGUGCACGAAUGGGCGAAAUACCGAUGGGGUGUCUAUGAGGAAUUCGGCCAUCCAGGAGACCCUCUGUAUCCCGCUUUCCACCGUACCCCCACGAAUCCACACACUCCGACUGGCUGCUCAAACAUCCCUGUUCAAGGAUCUAUGGCAUCAUGCGACAACCCCCGCGACCCGUCAUGCAGAUUUUCCCCGAGUUACAACAAUAACGACGGUGUGACGUCAUCGCUCAUGUACAUGCACCACUUGCCUCACGUGACCCACUUCUGCUCCAAUGCGUCGCAUGACACGACGGCGCCCAACCGCCAAAACGCCCUCUGCCAGCACCGCUCCGUGUGGGACGUCAUCCUCGACCACGAGGACUUCGCCGGCGGAAACAACCCACCUGGUGACAACACCCGUGACGUCACACCCAAGUUCACCUUCAUUCAGCCGGUUCCCACGCGUUACGUCAUCGUCGUGGAAGAUACGGCCAUCAUGAACAUCCAGAAACGCUGGGAAUUCCUACGCAAGGCUGUACGCAAGCUUCUUGUUUACGACGUCCCAGCUGGCUCGAAGGUGGGCGUGGUUCUCUUCGACCAGACCGCCCGCACGAUGCUCCCCCUCACGCCCACGCCCGAAACCUUGGACGAACGACAACGCCUGGCCACCUCCUCCCUUCCCAGGAACCCGUCGCGGAUCGCCCAGAGCCAGAAGUGCAUCAUCUGCGGUCUUCAGGAGGCUGUGCGGAUGCUCGAGGGUGACAUCGACCAGCGCAGUGCCUUGGGCGGGGUCAUCUUCCUCAUCACCUCCGGCUCGCCCAUCCCCCUCGUGCCCUUCGACGUCGAGCAGCUGGGCACGGUGGUGACGCAGAGGGGCGCCAGGGUCGUGCCCAUCAUCUACCCCGUCACGGACCGGAACCCGCAGCCCUCGCCCGGAGUGGAGGUGCUCGCCCACCUGUCGGGAACCCAGUCCUUCGCUGUACUCGACGAAGGAAUCGGAAGUGACAGCAAGGUCUCCAUGAUGGUGGCUCUUAUGGAUGCUCUUUAUGCGGCCAUUAGGCUCUUUAUUCUGGACUCGGACUCCCUGCCCCUCGUCGUUCAUAAGAAGGAAUUCCCGGGCGGGAUUGGCAGCAUUUCGCAAGGAUCAUUUACCGUCGACAAAAGCCUCGGAGGAGAGGUCAAGUUCACCCUCAUCUACUACGACCUAGGUCACGUGGGCAACAUGAUUAACCUCAUUGACCCUCAUGGCAUGGCCAAGAAGACGCUGAAUCUCCAGGAAGAGGAUGGCGAUGUCAACAUGAUCUUUGUCACCAUUACCAAUGCUAUGGCGGGCGAGUGGCACUACCGAGUGGAGAACAGAGCCGACAGCCACCAGAGCCUCUUCACCCGCGUCCUAGCCACACCUCGCGCCCCUAACUCCACUUCUAGCUCCUCGAUGGGACACAGUGACAGGAACACCCACGCGAUCACACUCACGGCGUGGACCUCCAGCUCUGCCACGGUCGUCAACAUUUCGGAUGUUAGCAAGCCGGUGAUUGUUUAUGCUAAGCUGUGGUGUGGCAGCGCCCCUGUGGUCGGCGCUCACGUCGAGGCUUCCCUUCAGCGCCUCGGGGUCAACGGGACAGGAAAUCGCUACGGCCCGAUCACCUUCAGGCUUCUCGACAAUGGAAAUGGAGACGCCGACCUGACCCGUAGCGAUGGCAUUUAUUCCCGCUACCUGCCAGCCAUUCCCGCUGACUCCGGCCGCUACGCCCUCUCCGUCACCGCUACAGACAACUCGGGCACGGCGCAGGUUAUUACGUCCUCCAGGCCCCCAGCUUCAUCCCGCCCGCGUGUUUACUCUCGGAAUCAUGUGCCAUAUUCGGGACAAAUCACGGCUGUCGGGACGCAGUACACAAGGGCGAGGACUUAUAACCCAGACUGGCAGAGAUGCUGCGGCUCGAUCGUGCCCUACACCACCGCCCGCGAGACAGGACACCUCUCCCGCACCGUCACCGUAGGCCUUGUGGACAUCGUGGGCGGCGGCAGGAACCUGUCUCACGUCCCGCCCUCGCGCAUCUCCGACUUCCGGGCGGAGAUCAACCCGGCGUCGCAGCAGAUCACCUUCACCUGGACUUCGCCUGGAGAGUGGAGGGAUUAUGGAACGGUGAUGCAGUACGAGGUGGUCUUCUCCCGCGACGCCGCCGCCACCGGCCGGGGCGUCGGCGAGUUCGCGCGCGAGUGGCCGGCGCCUGAGGCCGCGGGCGAGGUGUCGCGCCACAUCGUGCGCUGGGGGCGCCACGACGGCGUGUACUACGCGGCCAUCCGCGGGGAGAGCCGCAUGGGCGCGAAGGGGCCCUGGUCCAACACGGCCGAGUUCUUUAUGCCGCACCCGCCCACCACCACGGAGAUCAACACGCGCGGCUCCACCCAGGGCGGGCCCAUGGGCGGCAGUGUGUCCGAGCUGGGCGUCACCACGCCCCAGCCCGGCACUCUGUCCACCCGCGACAUCCUGGCUAUCGUGGGCGCCGGCUGCGGCCUGCUGGUGGUGGUGCUGAUCCUGGCCGUGUACUACCUGCUGGUGGUGACGCGGCGACGGCGGCACCACCAGGAGAAGAAGGCGGUGGAGGUGCUGGAGCCCGUAACCACCACGCCGGCCGGAUGCGACACCGACAGCGAGACCGACUCCAUCAGCAAGCCGCCGCCGCCGCCCGAGGCCCUGGCCGUGGGCGAGCCCGAGGCCAAGGGCAAGCGCCCGCUGAGCCCCAUCCAGUCGUGGCCGGCGUCCACGCUGCUGGCGGAGCACGAGCGGCGCCACGCGGCCGAGCCGGCGGACGGCGACGCGGCCGAGCUGGCGCUGCACCGCCCCGACCUGGGCGUGCCCUACAUGCCCACCAUGCAGCCCGCCCACCCGCACCCCUUCUACUACCACACCCCCAACGGCCACUACAUCGAAGACAGCCUGGCCAUGGACAGCGGCUCCGUGGUGUCCACGCAGCCCUCCGACUCGCUCCUCGUCUACAAGGUCGACUCGUCCGCCCCCGACGCCCUCCGCCCGCCGUCCUCCUCCGCUACGCCCACGCCCGCGUCCUGGGACAGCGGCCGGCGCCAGGGGCCUAUGAAGGUGCCGCCGCCCACGCCUCCCAAGCCCACGCUGGCCGCCCACCUCACGCUGGGCGGGGUGGCGGCCACGCCCCUCGGCACGGAGAGGAAAAGGCGGAACGUCACGCAGGUGUGAGGCCGCCCGGGCGACGCGGGCGGUCGCCGCUGCGGGCGGCCGCCGAUUCGGGCGGUGGCUGGUGCGGGCGGCGCCGGGCUGUAGGGAUCUCCGGCACGCUGGCACUCGGCGCGCAUUGUCACUGUUGCAAGUGCCAAUUUCUGCGUGUGUUCACGACGACCCGACGCUGAUGCAGAGGCCCAGAGGCGCCAAUGGACACGCUGACGUGGCUGCUGUGCGAGUGGUCCUUUGCGCCACCAAGCCGGUGAUCGCUGCCGCGGGCGGCCGGAGCGCAGACGGCCGCAGAGCACGGUGCUCGCGCUCAUUUUUCACAAACGCGGACAAAACUCACGCCGCCUUUCUCGAACAUUCUCGCCGUCAUGAGUCAGUGUGUGAGUGGCACUGAGCGAGGCGAAGUGAGGGCGUGAGGCGCGAGAUAUGAGGGCGUAAGACUCUCAUAAGACUCCCCCGAGGACCCUCCGUCUGGUCCAGGACCGCGUGACCUCUUCCGACCUGUUCCCAAGGGCCUCGGACCUAACCCGAGUAUAAUACAUCGUGCUCAAUACUAUGAAAGAUGAUGAUGAAUAAAGAAAAAAAAAAGAUAA